GCCCGCAAAACACCCGGACGCAACCCGCUGUCUCAAAGUGUUUCCCCUCUCGGGUCUCAACCCCGGUAGGCAGAGCGCCAUAGCCACCGCGCCAUGGAGGACGGGGCCUCGGAUUUCAGCGACUGGGAGGUGCUAUCUGCAUCCUCGGGGGUCGGAGGCGAUGAGGCCGUCCUUGUGUCCGGGGAAGGCGGCGACGUCCUCCCCGACCACUUCGCCCUCGACUCCUCUUCCUCCACUGGCUUCUCCGGCGAGGGCACGUGGUCGGAGGCUGCCUCCGACGACGUGGAAAUUGAAUCCGGGUUAGGAUCAGUGGACAGAUUUGGUUCUGCUAUGCAAGAGCAGACGGAUCUUAUUGGGGUGGUGGAUUCCAGCGCACAGUUGCAAUUUGGCGGGAUUGAUGUGACUGCACAAGCCUCGCGGGCUUUUGGAGCCUCCGUGGCAUGUGGUGGGGGCGCACAUGAGAAGCAAACUGCGGGGUUAAGUUGCGGUGAGUUUGAUUCGAUUCCGCAAGCCGCGCUUCAAGGGUUGGAGGGAAUUUUGGACUCCGAUGCAACUGCCGUCGCCGGUAUAGGACUCCAGAUAGAAAUAUCAGAGAAUUCUAGUUUGCAAUUGGAAGAUGGAGGGGCUGAUGCCAUUUGCGAAAGCUCUGUUCUUCAAGCUGCUGCAACAAGCGAUGCAAUGCAGACUCUGCAGGAAGAGCUGGAGCAAGGGAAGGAUGCUAGUGCCGCUUCUGGCUGUGCUGAACCUGGUGGCGAUGACAAGGAUGGUUCUUCCCCUCUGGUUGCAGCUGCAGCUCCGGUCACCGGUGAUGGAGAGAGGCAAGUGGUUGUAUGGCGGAGGCUGCCGUUCAGGUUCAUCCAUUAUUGUGCUUGGAAAGUGAGUCCGGUUUGGCCGAUUUCCAUCGCUGCAGCGUUGCUGGGGAUAGUUGUGCUCGGGAGGAGGAUGUAUAGGAUGAGGCGCAAGACCCAGGGCCUUCCCCAGAUUAAGAUCGCAUUUGAUGAUAAGAGGGCCUCCCAGUUUGCAGACCGCGCAGCACGUCUCAAUGAGGCCUUCUUGAUCGCAAAACGUGUACCCGCUCUGAGAACUUUGCCUGGUGUUGCACUCCCCUGGUCAAUGAUGCAAGAGAGAUGAGUCAGCCUUCUUGAAGCUUCAUAAAAAGAUCUCCCUGUUGGAUUAGCCAACAGGAAUGUAUGAUAAAAACAAAAUUUUAAUAAGAACAUCAAUCUGGAUUGGGCAUAUCUUGGUAGUGUUUUCCUGGUGAAGCAUCGAGGAUGUUGAUGUCUAUGUCGAUGCCUAAUCAGAUAUAUUUACUAUUAGCCUAGUGCACUACAACAGUUUUUGUCUUAUGUUUUUUUAUUCAUGUUUGGUAGGUUUUAUAAAUCUGUAUGAGUCCUAAAUGUGCCAUUACUCUGGACAUAUGUUUUAUCUAUGUGGGUGCUUUACUUUUUUU